AUGCCGCUUAGUAAUAGGAGAAAUUUACUCUUCACUGACAAUUUGGAAACAAUCAGUUGGCCUGGGGGAUCCAAGAGGCAAUUGAGUAGUGAAAUAAAACUGAGAAUUGGUGUUCCAGUGAAAGUAGGGUUCAAGGAACUUGUGGGUGUGGAGCAUGAUCUUCAAACCAAUAGAACAUAUGUAACUGGCUUCUCUAUAGAUGUAUUCGAAACUGCAAUUAAAGCUCUGCCGUAUAAAGUACAUUACGAAUUUUUUCCAUUUGAGAAUGCAAAUGGAGUUAUGGCUGGGGCUUACAAUGAUCUUGUUUACCAAGUCUAUCUCAAGAAUUAUGAUGCUGUUGUGGGAGAUACGACGAUCACAUCGAACAGGUCUCAAUAUGUUGAUUUCACAAUACCAUACACUGACUUCGGUGUGGGAAUGCUAGUACCAAAUGAGAAGGACAACAUGUGGAUUUUCUUGAAACCUCUCUCAACAGGUCUUUGGAUAACAAGUGCGGGUUUCUUCAUCCUAACGGGUUUCAUCGUAUGGUUAAUUGAGCGUCCUGUCAACCAAGAAUUCCAAGGCACACGAUGGCAGCAAAUCGGAACGAUAUUCUGGUUCUCCUUCUCAACCCUUGUUUUUGCUCAUAGGGAGAGGUUGGUAAACAACUUGGCCAAGUUUGUAGUGAUCAUAUGGGUUUUUGUUGUGCUUAUAUUGACUUCCAGUUACACUGCAACUUUAGCAUCAAUGAUGACUGUUAAACAAAUACAGUUGAACUCAAGAGGGAGCUAUAUAGGUUACCAGUCAGGUUCCUUAGGAGUGAUAGUGAACUUGAAUUUCAAAGGGAUUAAGCCAUACCGUUCAGUUGAAGAAUAUGCUGAUGCUUUAUCAAAAGGAAGCAAGCAUGGUGGCGUUUCGGCGAUAAUUGAUGAGGUUCCAUACAUCAACAUCUUCCUUGCAAAGUAUUCUGCAGACUACUCCAUGAUUAAAACCAGAUCUACCACCAAUGGUUUUGCCUUUGUUUUCCCUAAAGGUUCGAAAUUGGUUCACGACGUGUCAAGGCAAAUAGAACAUAUGAGAGAAGAAGGAAAGCUUAUAGAGAUGGAAAAGACCUGGUCUCUUAGAAAAACAACUCUUAUGUCUGAGGAAGCUACUACCACAGGUCCCAGUACUCUUGACCUCUAUAGCUUUCGUGGUUUAUUCCUCGUUACUGGGAUUUCUUCAGCUUUUGCUCUCUCCUUGUUCUUAAUUUUCUCCACAACAUUUAGAAAUCUGAUUAGAAAGCAACUGCAAUUGAUUGGACGACAACUGCAGCGUUUAAGGAUGUAUUCCUGUCCAAUUUAG